AUGGCUGGUAAACCACUUUCCAGAUUGGGAGGAAAGAAGGAUGAAACAACAGCAAUACUAACAUUUCUGCUAGCACGUUUUGCGAAAAUCCAUCGUUCGGCGGAGGAGCGAUUCAACGCGUUGAGAGGUGAAGGCCACACACUUGAAGCCUUAGAAUGUCGAUUUCAGAGAGAAUUACAACUUCAUGCGAACCUUCGUACCAAUGCCGCGCAAAUAUCCAAAGCUGUUUUGAACCUUGUUCAACAGGCUCGAGCGACUGAAUUUCAUAGGGCUGAUGAAUUACCUACUCUGGAGAACUUACAAUCACCUCCACCAAAGAUUCGAUCUACGAGAGCUCGGGCAUCUAUACCUGCCACUCUUAAGCCUGAGUUGAUUGUGAAAUUGAAGGUCAAGAAUGGUUGCUUCGAGCCGACAGUGGUACAAUUUCCCUCUACCAGCGCCUCUUCGCACACGCCGACAGGAUACGUAAAGUGGCAAAUUUGCAAAUCUGGAGCGCCAGUGUCAGUUGAGAUCCCCACAGUUGUAUGUCCCGAGACUUUGGAAUAUAAGGGUGAUAAUCUAGAUCGAGAUCAGCUGUAUUAUAAUGCGCUUGCGCGUAAGGUGGGUAUCAAGGAAAUUAUCGAAACACGAAUCAACAAUGCAUUGAAGCACGGCGAAGAUAGAGAGGAAGCAACUCGAAGAGCACACUCAUAUGCGGAGUCUCAAAUUUGCACAUUGAUUGCAAAUUACGAAUCCCGAGAAGAAGAAGAAGAAUCGGAAGAGGAAUGA